GAGAGGGGAGAGGAGACAGGAGUGUGGAGCGCACUGACUUCUCCGGCUCUGUGUGGGAAUAAACACUGAUUUAUACACAUACUGUACGGGUAUAUUUAUCAAGCCACAGCGAUGCCUUGCGUUGAGACCCAGUGUGGACCCCUGUCUUAUGAAAGCAACCACUUCAGCCCUGAUUUUCUCAAUUCAGGACUCUCCAACAAGUCAGGCAUGGCCCUCAGCAUCCCAAGGGAGCAGCUUUCCCCACCGUCCCUGCCCAGCAUCAACACUCUAGUGGGCCAUUCUGGUGAGAUCGACACCUUUUCUUGCCAGUUCACCGCUUCUGUCUCGGCCGACAUGAACACAAAUGCACACAGCGACAUCCACAAUGCAUUAGUUGAAAGUUCAAACCCAUGUGGUUUUCAGUCUCCUUUCAAGCUUGAUGAUAUCCAGGUGUAUGGCUGCUACCCAGGAGCCUUCACCUUCAGUAGUCUGGAUGAAAGUUUGUCCUCAUGUGGAUCUGACUAUUACGGAAGCCCGCUUUCAGCAACUUCCUCACCUUCCACCCCAGGCUUCCAAAACCAUCCCGUUUCAACCUGGGAAAGCGCCUUCAGUUCAUUUUCUUCCAUGUCUUGGCCAUCCGAUGUCACAACUCUACACCAGCAGGCUUCUUUCUUUACAUUCAACACUCCAGUUGAGCAGCCGUCCCCGAUCCAGGAUCACCAACUACAACUUGGCGACAAGGACACUUUUGGUCAACUUCAUCAACCUUCUCCAUUGCAUUUCCCAUCCCUGGACCUUGAGCAUGGGUGCUUGGACAAUCGAGUACUCCAGGUCGAAAGGGUCGCGGCUCACCCAUCUUCAAAACCACGAAAUCCCAAUGAAGGACACUGUGCAGUGUGCGGGGACAGUGCUUCCUGUCAGCACUACGGAGUUCGUACCUGUGAAGGAUGCAAAGGGUUCUUCAAGCGCACUGUUCAGAAGAAUGCAAAAUAUGUCUGCCUCGCUAAUAAGGACUGUCCGGUUGACAAGCGACGGCGGAACCGAUGCCAGUUUUGCCGUUUUCAGAAGUGUCUCGCAGUAGGAAUGGUCAAAGAAGUGGUGAGAACAGACAGUCUUAAAGGUCGAAGAGGACGUCUUCCAUCAAAGCCCAAGAACCUUCCGGAUAAUGUGACUCCUGUGAAUAUUACCACCUCGCUUGUAAGGGCUCAUAUCGAUUCCAAUCCUGCGCUGGCAAAACUGGAUUACUCCAAAUACCAGGAAGAUGUGAAGAACCUAUCUGCAAAGGUGGAUGCCAAUGACAUCAAGCAGUUUUAUGAUCUCCUCACCGGGACCAUGGAGGUUAUCCAGAAAUGGGCUGAGGCUAUUCCUGGGUUCCACACCUUCUGCCGUGAGGACCAGGAGCUCCUUCUGGAAGCUGCAUUUGUUGAGCUCUUCAUACUGAGACUAGCGUACAGAUCGAAUCCCAGGGAACACAAACUGAUAUUCUGUAAUGGUGUAGUGCUGCACCGCUCACAGUGUGUGCGAGCUUUUGGAGAUUGGAUUGAUUCUAUCAUGGACUUCUCCCAGAGUCUUCAUCGCAUGAGCCUGGACAUAACAUCAUUCUCCUGCUUAGCAGCACUCAUCAUCAUCACAGAUCGCCAUGGUCUAAAGGAACCCAAACGUGUGGAAGAGCUUCAAAACUGCUUGAUCUCCUGCCUAAGAACCCACAUCACCAGCAGCAGCACAGACCAGAGCAGAUCUCAGCCGUGCAUGUCUCGUUUGCUGAGCAAACUGCCAGAACUGAGGACUUUGUGCACACAGGGUCUGCAGCGGAUCUUUUACUUGAAGCUGGAGGACCUGGUUCCUCCUCCACCCAUCGUGGAGAAAAUCUUCAUGGAUGCGCUUCCAUUCUGAGUGGCGAAAGAAACCCUGUGAGAACUCAUGGGCAAAACAGCAAUACUUGACAAGACAGAAAUCCACAACAUUUCUGGAAGAUAAACGUUUUUCAGUGAACACUUACAGACUGCCGUUCUUAUCGAUGUGACUUUUUCUAAUAGUGUUCUCCUGAGAACUGCAAGGAAAACACUCCGUUCCUUAUAUCAUAUAUGAAAUAUUUUUAUAUGUUGGAGAACAUCAGAGGGCAUUUUCUAUACUUUAAUUAGUGUGUGUGUGUGUGUGUGUGUGUGUGUGUUUAUGCUUUGACGUUAUUUCUAUGCAAAUAUCUUGAUAUUUGGUGAAUGAUUUUGAUGUAGAUUUUAGCAUCAGCAGGAUUUUAUACAAAGUUUCUUUGUCAACACAUGAUGUUGAUUUUAUAUUUGUUAUUAUUGAUUA